AUGCGUUUCUCGACCUGUGUUCUGUCAUACUCACUCCUUACUGCGGCGUGGGGUAUUGCCCUUCCCGAGGCCCUUAAACGAGACGUAAGCCUCACCGUCCACACGGACAAUGAGACAGCUCAGAUUAGCGUCCCUACUACAAGCACUGUGGUGACUCCAAAUGCCGUCAAUGGCCCAGCUAUUGGCAAUGGUGCCGAUGUGGCUGGCGCUGUGGCAGACAUCGUGGACAAAGUCGUCAACUUGAUUCAGAAACUCGUGGAUAACGACAUCAAGCGCCGCCAAACAUUCACUCAGAACGUCGUGGCUCGGGCGCGGCAGGAAACGGGGCUCAACGUCAUCAUGUCCAAUGUCGGAUACACAUUCGACGGCACGGUCGUGUCGAGGACGAGCACCAAGUACAAGGCGAAGGUCGGGUCUGAUGUCAGUUUCGACGUUAUCACAUUCGAAUCUGGAACCUUUGAUCUGAAGGGCGAUGGUGGUUUUCAAAACUGGGCAUUUAUCGUGAGCACGACCUGCCAGGCCGAUGCCAAAGCAAAGCAUAUUCGUUGCCCUUAG